CUAAAAAGGUUGGCGGCUAUUUGUGGUGAUUCAAUGAACGUAAAACUACGGUUACCGGCUGCAUGAAAAAGUGCUUUUCAAAAUCAUCGUGCUUGUUGUAUCAAAUUUGUAAGUAUUAAGUCAUCGCGUCGUUAUAUGCACGUUAUCAUAUCUGUCUUGUAAAUUAUGUUUCGGCAAGUUGCAUGUCUCAUUGUGGGAAUUCUUUGCGGUGCAGGGCACGUCGACGGUGCACUGUUCCAGUUCAACACAAGCCCAAUGACCUUGGCAGAGUGCAACGCUCGGCCUAUAAACCAUUGUGGCCCGCUGUCCCUGGCAAGCUCAGAUUGUAGGUUUCUCCAAAAACAAUCUUCCUCACAUCAUCGCAUCAGACUACGACAAGUGGAAAAGUUACAGACAUACCAUAGGGUUCCGGACAUUUUGACCCAUGUCAAUCUGGACUGUAGGCCUUCCGAUGACAUGAAGCUGCCUACAAAACAGGAGCUCAAAGCCCAGGUCUCGGCUAUUCGGAAAAGAAGUAAAGACCGAGCGGUGCUGGUCAAUCUUUGGCACAUCGACUUAUUUGCUCCAGACCUUCUUGAACCCAUUGGUUGGCAGACUGUAUCUCCGAUAGUAAAAAACUACACAAGACUCUCAGACUCCAAUUUGACUGCCCGAAUUCUGCUACUGAACUUGACUAACCUGCUGGAUGUAACCUUUUAUGACAACGGCAUACUCAAUAUCAAGAAAAGCCAUUUCAGUGGUCUCCAUAACAUCCGCGCGAUUGCGUUUAAUCCUCGGCUCGCCGGUUUUGUCGAAGACGGAACCUUCACUGACCUGCCCAGUUUAAUAUUCCUGGGAUUGGAAUCCAACCCCAGUGCAAUUGAUGAAGGAUACGAAAUCUCCCCGGAUCUGCAUUGCGAUGUGAAUAACGCUUGGUUGUGGCAGUGGCUGGCAGGCCGUCCCAGUUUGCAGGAACAAUAUGAUUUGGGUACGGUCUACAAAAUCGGCAGCUUAAAAAACCAGGUUCUUAAAACAACAAAAACGUUUCGCGACAUUGCUAACAUUUGCUCUAACUUCAGUCGGCAUUCUUAGCUUGGAAAUGUGGAAGUUGUUAUAUCGGCUUUCAGAAUGACUUUCGGUCAAAAGGAUGCAAACAUCUGCAUCCUACCA